GAAGGCCACUGGCUGGCAUGUUUCGGCAUCUCUGUGUGCAUGCCAACGAGUUUAUGACAAGGAAUAUCAGUUCUAGUGGCAGAAAAUGAGAAACAGUUUGUAGCUGGUCUUGAGUGGAACAAUGCAUGAUUGGGUAAAUUAUGGGACUGCGAAGAGUGGGAUGCCGUACAGAAGACAAAUAAUGAGGCAGAUCAAGCGAGAGGAAGAAUGGCUGGAAGUGCUAUUCAAUGGAAAUUUCAGGCCCACACUUGUGGAGAUGUGUGUGGGGGGGGAACACCUCAUACCUGCCUAUUGUUUUGCCAAGAUGGCCAAAACAAAGUGCCAUAAAUUGGGUGAUUUAAGGAACAGGAAUGUAUACCCUCACAUUUCUGGAGGCUGGAAUGCGAAAGCAAGGUGUGUGUGGCGGGGAAGGGGGCUCUGUAUCUUCUUUGGGCUGUUGGAGAAUCUGCUCUGUCCCUCUCCCAGGAUCUGGCUGUCCGUUGGCAAUCUUUGGUGUUGCUUGACUUCAGGAAGCAUCACCCCCAUCUCUGCCUUCACCUGCUCAUGGUGUUUCCCCUCUGUGUAUGCACAACUCUAAAUCCCCCAUUUUGCUGUCCACAUCCUACUUCACGUGCUCGCCAAAGACUCCUCUGGCUAGACCCGAGUCGUCCAAACCUAGGCUCCUUGCCUUGAGUCCAUGGUGGAGCAGGGCGACAGGGACUGCUGACAGGCAGAAGCAGCGAACCCUCGAGGUCAGUGGGGUUUCAGGACCCCUGCGAGGCACUGUGAGAAGGACCGACUGGCUGCCUGUGAGCCCACAGGGAAGCAGAUGAAGUUUGCCUGCCUCUCCUUCCGGCAGCCUUUUGCCGGUUUUGUCUUGAAUGGAGUGAAGACCCUGGAAACGCGGUGGCGUCCCCUGCUGAAGAGCCACCAGAACUGCACCAUCGCCAUCCACAUUGCUCACAGGGAUUGGGAAGAAGGGUCCUGGAGGCAGCUGCUGGAGGAGAGGCUGCGGAUGAGCCCUGGGCAGAUCCAGGCCUUGCUCUGGGAAGGGGAAAAGUUUGGCCGAGGAGUGAUAGCUGGGCUCGUGGACAUCGGGGAAACGUCACAGUGCCCGGAAAACUUAGCUCCCGAAGAGGUUGUGGAACUGGAAAAUCAAGCCGUACUCAGCAACCUGCAGCAGAAGUACUUGACAGUGAUUUCAAACCCUAGGUGGUUACUGGAGCCUGUCCCUCAGAAAGCGGGGAAGGACAUGUUUGAGGUGGACAUCCCAGAGCAUCUGAUCCCUGUGGAGCAUGAGGUGUGACCAUCGUGGGCCGGAGAGGAAAGUUGUUGAGAAACCAACAUAAAAAUAAAUCAUGACACAGACCCAUACAGGCCGGGUUAAGUCUGAAUUGCCACAGCUGUCAGCGCUGCUCAAGGACGCAGAUUGCUAUGGUCAUGAGAAGGGAACGAGGGAGGCGGGCUUUCCUUGUGCAGGGAAAGUCCUUGAGAAGGUCUCUGGUACCUUGACCUUUAGCGGGAAGGCAAGGCCACCCGGAAAGGUCUUGGCAUUGCCUAAUUCUUAUCCUGGUCCCAUUGCUUUCUAGAAUGUACAAAUAAACAUG